AUCUUUUCUUUGCAUCUUCACCUAAAAAAUAAAUAUAAUAAAUAAUAAAAAAUUCACAAAUGCACCUGGAAAAGGUGAAUUUGCGACAACUCUACGUAAUUUCAUUGAUUUAUAUUUGCAGGUUUCUUGCGACUGGAGAUUCUUUAAAAACAAUCGGCCACAGCUACAGAAUGGGAUUUUCAACUGUGAGUCAAAUUAUUAAUGAAGUGUGUGAUGCAAUAUGGAAACAUAUACAGCCUAUUUAUAUGCCCGAACCAUCCACAGAGCUAUGGGAAAGAACAAUUUCCGGAUUUGAGAAUUCAUGGCAGUUUCCCAACUGUAUUGGGAGUAUAUAUGGGAAACAUGUCGCAAUCAAGUGCCCUCCUAAUAGCGGUUCAAAUUAUUACUGUUAUCUUAAAAAAAUUUCAAUUGUAUUAUUGGCUAUUGUGGACCACGAAUAUAAAUUUGUUUGUGUGGAUAUCGGCGGCUAUGGUAAAAACAGUGAUGGUGGCAUUUUUGAAGCAUCCUCUUUUGGACAACGGAUGUCCAGAGGAUUAUUGAACAUUCCUCCCAAUAGAGCCUUGCCAGGUCAAAAUGAAGAAACUCCUUGUGUACUUAUUGGCGAUGAAGCAUUUGCUUUAACAUCCUUUCUAAUGAGACCAUUCCCUUACAGAUUAUUACGUCACGAUAUUCGAAAAGAAAAAUACAAUAAAAGCCUAUGUCGUGCACGGAGAGUAGUCGAAAAUGCUUUUGGCAUUUUAGCUCAAAAAUGGAGGUUAUUUUAUAGACCCUUAGAACUCACAAUAGAAACAUCUAUAAAAGUUAUCAAAGCAACGUGUGUUUUACAUAACUAUUUACGUACGGAAAAAAGAGAUCUACUUUUUUCACAUCUAUUAGAAGAUGCAGAGCCCAUAAUAGGAGCGUUAGAUCCUCUUCCAGCUGACGGCCGAAGAGCGACAAACUAUUCGUUUCAAAUACGAGAAAAUUUUGUAAAUUUUUUUAAUACUUAAUAUUUUUUCUAUAUU